AUGAGUUUGGACAAGAAUAUGGUUGAGGUGACAAGCGAAGAUAUGGAACAUAAGACUCAUCCAAUCACAUCUGUGCUGAGUGUCCAGAGUAAUAUAUUUGCCGAGGAAGAUCAAGAUAUCACCUUGGCCUUUAUCAAAAACUAUCAGAAAAAUGGUAUUGACUCGAUUGUCAAUGUUGACCUCAGUCAGGUGACAAAGAAAGUUGACAAGCAGUUGAUGCUUAUAAUGUUUCUUUGCUACACUUGUCAAUUUAUAGACAAGGUGGCAUUGAAUUAUGCGAACAUCAUGGGGUUACAAAAAGAUCUCCAUCUUGUUGGAAAUCAGUUCUCCGACUUGGCAACCUACUUUUUCGUUGGAUUCUUGAUCUUUGAGCCUAUCCAAGGUUUCUUCAUUCAAAAGUUGUCACCAACCAGGGUUCUGUCGGUCAACGUGAUUUUUUGGGGUGUUCUUUGUAUGUGCAGCAGUGCAACGCAUAACUUUGGCGGAAUCAUUUCUGUGAGAGUGUUGCUUGGAUGUUCCGAAGCAGCUAUUGCUCCAUGCCUGGUCCUGAUCACUAGUUCAUGGUACACCAGAGGUCAGGCCGCUUUCAGAAUGGGAAUUUGGUACUGCGGUCUGGGUAUGGGUCAAAUUAUUGGAGGACUCAUUUCGUUCAUCUUUCAGCACAUCUCUAGAGCAGCUUCUUUCCCUGGAUGGAAGAUCAUGUUCUUAGUCGUUGGGUUUGGAAAUCUUGUGAUCGGUCUUACGGGAUACUUCCUUCUUCCUCUCAAUCCAGUUGACUGUAAGUUUCUGUCAGACGAUGAAAAAUAUGCCCUUUUGACAAAGCUUAGUGAAUCCAAGAUUGGUGUCCAAAGCCGAAAGUUUUCCAAGUCUCAAGUGUGGGAGGCGUUAACCGACAUUACUUUCUACCUCUACUUUGUUAUCGCGUGCACCAUCUCGUUCUCGUCGAACACUAUCACGACAUUCUCGUCGGUGGACAUCCUGUCGUUCGGAUUCACUUCUAAACAAGCUGCUCUUUUAAACAUGCCAUCAGGAGCUGUUUCGAUUGCGUCAACACUGCUUUCAACUUUCUUCAUUAUGAAAGGAUUCCCAAGAGGCUUGUCUAUCAUGAUACUAUGUUUACCUGCAGUCUGCGGAGGGGCACUGUUAUCUUUUCUUCCAAAGUCCAAUAGAGCUGGUCUCUUAGUCGGUAUCUACAUGAUCAACACGAUCGUUGCUCCUCUCGCAAUAAUCUACGCUUGGGUUGGAAACUGUGUUGCAGGCCACACCAAGAAGAUUUGUUUCAAUAUCUCUGUGAUGUUAGGCUUUGGACUGGCUAAUAUUCUAGGUCCUCAGUCUUACAGAGCAGCAGACAAACCUGAAUACUUGCCAGCCAAAAUCAGCAUGCUUGCAACUCAGGCUGCAACCAUUUUGAUCGCAGCAAUAAUCACACUGAUUUAUUACCUCAGAAACAAAUCCAGAGAAUCUGAAAAGAGAGAUUUGGAUUCUCAAGAAAUUGAAGACGCUUACUUGAACAAAACCGACUUCGAAAAUCGCUCUUUUAAAUAUCUUUAUUAA